GUCCGAGUUCCCUUCAUUAGGGUUUGAAAUGUGUUAUUCUAUCUGUAGCAAUGGAGUAAAGAAUGUUUGAAGUAGCACGCUGGAUGAACCACUUCAUGAUUUUGGCCAUGUUUUGGGAGAAAUUAGCUAGAUGGAAUGAUUGCUUCUUACUUAGUUGUUUAAAUGCAGUUUCGAAAUGGGAUUGUCGACUAAUUAACAUUGUGUGCAACUCUUAGCCACAGUUAUAUCAGGGGAAGUAGAAGGGGGCACAAGAAUGCCUACUUCUGAGAAGGAUGCAUUGGGUUAUCUCGACGCUGUAAAGCAGACAUUUCGGGACGAACCCCAAACGCACGAGGACUUUCUCGAGGUUUUGAAGGAUUAUAGAGCUAUGAGAAUUGACACUACCAGUGUCAUUGCAAGGGUGAAGCAGCUAUUUAGAGGGCAUCCUGACCUGAUUUUGGGGUUCAAUACCUUCCUGCCUGAGGGAUAUAAGAUCAGCCUCGCAGUUGGCGAUGCUAAAAAACCUCCUCCUCCACGGAAGAAACCAGUUGACUUUGAAGACGCCAUCACCUUCAUCAGCAAAAUUAAGCAGAGGAGGUUUCAAGGUGAUGCUCGAGUUUACGAUUCGUUUAUGGAUGUCUUGAUGAGGUUUCGGAGUGGGCGUCUACCCAUAGCAGAGGUUUAUCUACGGGUGGCUGAACUUUUCAAAGACCACAGCGACCUACUUGAGGACUUUGUUAAAUUUUUGCCGGAGAGCUAGCUGAGCUAUUCGCCAGUAGUUGUCAUAUCACAGAAGCUCCAUGAAGAGAAAGAAAGUUUGUGCGGAUACUAUUAGAGGUUGAGAAGAGGGUAGUUUUUCUUCUGUUUUUGAGAGGAACUUUGGAAUGUUUUGGAUUGGCGUUUCGUUUCAUCGUCGUUGAAUAAAAUACUGAAGUUGCAACC